CAACCAGGAGCCUUCAAUACUCUGCUCUCCCACCACCCUCCGUCCUCCCCCCCCCACCAACAAUUGCUGUUGAGCCCUCUCGGCUUUUCACGGUCUCUCCCUCUCAUUUUUUAUUUACAUAUUCCGCACAUGCGAUAAUGCUGUCGCGGUCGACUAUCAGCCGAAAUGCGCCCCGUGCGCUCCAGAAGCAGUGCUCUGCGGUCAAUGGCCGGGGUAUGGCCUCUGCUGCCACUCCUGGUCUCCAGUACGACGUCUCCGAGUCGGCUGGCGUGAAGUUUGCCAACAGAGAAAUCGCGGGCCCGACGGGUACCCUCGCGUUGGUCGCUAAGGCCGGCCCCCGUUACCAGCCUUUCCCGGGCUUCAGCGACGCCCUCGAGCAGUUUGCUUUCAAGACUACCCUCAAACGUUCGGCUCUGCGGAUCACUCGGGAGGUUGAACUUCUCGGCGGUGAAAUUGCCUCGUCACACUCGCGCGAAAACGUUGUCCUGAAGGCCAAGUUCCUGGAGCGUGACCUUCCUUACUUUGCGGAACUGCUGGCUGAGGUUGCGUCUCAGUCCAAGUUCGCUCCCCACGAACUGAACGAGGUCGUUAUCAAGCUUCUCAAAUACAAGCAGCAGGCCCUUUCUGCCAACCCUGAGAGCCUGGCUGUCGACGCCGCCCACGCCGUGGCCUUCCACCGCGGUCUGGGUGAGGCCAUCACCCCCUCCACCUCCGUCCCCUUCGAGAAGUACCUCUCUGCUGAGGCCCUCGCGGAGUUCGCCCAGCAGGCCUACGCCAAGCCCAACAUCGCCCUUGUCGGCAGCGGUCCCAAGAACGCCGAUCUGUCCAAGUGGGUCGGUGAGUUCUUCAAGGAUCUCCCCAGCGCCGGCAGCUCCAGCCAGUUCAAGCUCCAGCCGAACACGGCCUCCAAGUACCACGGUGGUGAGCAGCGUAUCGCCUCCAAGUCCGGCAACGCCGUCGUGAUCGCCUUCCCUGGCUCCAGCGCCUUCGGCGGCUCGAGCUACAAGCCCGAGGCUUCCGUCCUCGCUACCCUGCUCGGCGGAGAGUCCACCAUCAAGUGGUCUCCUGGCUUCUCCCUCCUCUCCAAGACCGCCCAGGGCUUCUCGCAGCUCCGUGCCGGCGCCAAGAACCACGCCUACUCCGACGCUGGUCUCUUCACCAUCACCCUGUCCGGCAAGGCCGACCAGGUCGCCACCGCCAGCAAGACCGCCGUCGACGCCCUCAAGAAGAUCGCCGCCGGUGAGAUCGCCAGCGAGGACAUCAAGAAGGCCACUGCCGCGGCCAAGUUCCAGGCCCUGGAGUCCGCCCAGAGCCUCAGCACCGGCCUCGAGGCCACUGGCUCCGCUCUCGUCAGCGGCGGCAAGCCUUACCAGAUCGGCGAGGUUGCCCAGAGCAUCGACGGCGUCACCGAGGCGCAGGUCAAGGAUGCUGCCAAGUCCCUCCUCUCCAGCAAGGCCUCCGUCGCCGCCGUCGGAGAUCUCUUCCAGCUUCCCUACGGCUCGGACCUCGGUCUGACCGUCUAAACUUGUAUACAGUAGAUACUAGAUUGACUUGGGGAAAAGCGCGACUUGGGAGUUGAUAGCCCCAGGAUUGGCUGAUAUAUCUCUUUUUUCUGCGAUGUGGUUGUAGCUGUUGACUGUAAUACAAUUGUAUCUUAAAUGUUUCCCU